CUGAAAACCGUUACCAAUCUGAGUUUGGAGGGAGGAUACUUUCUUGUCCGGCGCCGUUGACACACUCAUCACUCUUGGUUUUGCGCGCGCUUAAGUGUAAGUGAUUGGGAAAUAUCGAGCACUAAUGGCGUCCGAGACGACUCCGUUGACGUUAAGCCCCAGUGUGCAGCGGUAUGCGCAGCAGGAGGCUCGGAAUCGUAACGUCCGUCGCGCAUUGAUCGCUGUGGUGUCGCUCAUUGGCGUCUGCCUGUUGGUGGUGUACGUUGGAGAACCACUGUUUUUCAAGAAGAAGAAGGUCGACUCCGUACCUGAAGGUGUUCCCGUCACAACAGGGGCUGGAAGUCAUGAGUCCUUCUGCGGUCUCACGACGCAAGAUUCGGGAUACAUCAAACUGCCCAACAAGGUCGACGACCACUACUUCUACUGGUACUUUGAAUCACGUAGCCAACCAAGCACUGACCCGCUUGUGCUUUGGCUCACGGGAGGACCUGGGUGCUCCAGUAUGAUGGCACUACUCACUGAGAACGGACCGUGUCACGUGCUACCGGAUCUGUCUACAAAACGCAACCCAUACUCGUGGACAAACGAGAGCAACGUAGUGUGGCUGGACCAACCGACGACGGUUGGCUUCACGUACGGCGAUGAACGUGACGCUGAUAACAGUGAGGACAAUGUGGGCGAGAACAUCUACUACUUCUUGCAAGGUUUCUUCGAGAAGCACCCGGAGCUUGCUGGUCGCGACUUCUACAUCACUGGGGAGAGCUACGGUGGCCACUACGUUCCUGUAGCUGCACACUACGUCUGGCAGCAGAACAAACUGAACGUUGAUACGUCGAAACACAUUAACCUGAAGGGAAUCGCUAUCGGCAACGGCAUCACACAGGCUUCUAUCCAGCUGCCUCACUACAUCGACAUGGCGGAGAAGAACGCGUACGACAUCCCCCUCGUCGACGCUGCUCAGCUGGAAGAAAUGAAGGCCGACGCACCUGUUUGUCGUGCGAUCCUCGACCAAUGUCCGCAGAAUACUACUGCAUGCUUUGACGGAACUGCAUAUUGCACGGAGAAGCUGUUCCUUCCGCUUUUAUCAGCCAACCGGAACCCGUACGAUAUCCGCAUGCCGUGCACCAGAAUGGACGACCCGACCAAGUGCUACGAUAUGUCGUAUGUCUCCAAGUACCUGGAUGCUCCUAAUGUCCGUGAAUCUCUGGGCGUCGACUCGAAGCGUGUCGGUAAGUGGCAAGAGUGCAACAUGGACGUGAACGUGGCGUUCUACAUGACGGCAGACAUGGCCAAGCCGUUCCACACGUACGUGGCCGAUCUAUUGAACGACGACCUGCGUGUCCUCAUCUACGCUGGUGACGCCGACUUGAUGUGCAACUGGUACGGUAACCAGGCGUGGACGUUGGCUCUCGACUGGAAGGGUAAGGAGGGAUUCAACGCUGCACCUGAGACUGCCUACAUCACGGCCGACGGGACGAACGGCGGCGUCGUGCGCUCUUUCAACAACCAGUUCACGUUCCUCAAGGUGUUCAACUCGGGUCACAUGGUGCCGCAGGACCAACCCGCUAUUGCACUCGACAUGCUCAACAAGUUCCUCAACAAGCAAGCGUUCUAAGCACGAUAGGGAGCCAAACGUCACCAUGCUUUUCCGUAGCGGCAAAAAAAAUAAUAAGAACACGCACUUGAUGUUCAGUUAGUCACUUUUGUCUCGGUUCAGAAAUUACAAAGUCGCUUGAACUGG